AAUGAAACCAAUUGACAGAAGAUGUGAGAAGGUUUAAUGGAUGGGAUUAAAUCCUGGAGAGUGUAUAAUGGUAUACAUCUGUAACACAGAAGGGUCUGUAUGCAGGCCGAAAACGAAUGAUGAAGUGCAAAUUGAAGGAAUUGGGGACCUGGAUCUAAGCCUGCAGAAUGACAAAUCACCAGGGCGCUCAGCAAGCCGAUCCAGUAACAUCUCCAAAGCAAGCAGUCCUACAACAGGAACAGCUCCUAGAAGUGAAUCAUGGACAUCUGUUUCCCCUUCUGCUCAGGAUAUAUGCAGGAUCUGUCACUGCGAGGGAGACAAUGAGAGCCCCCUUAUCACGCCAUGCCACUGUACAGGGACCCUGCACUUUGUGCACCAGGCCUGCCUGCACCAGUGGAUCAAGAGCUCAGACACCCGCUGCUGUGAGCUGUGCAAAUACGACUUCAUAAUGGAGACAAAGCUCAAACCAUUACGCAAGUGGGAGAAACUUCAGAUGACAACAAGUGAGAAAAGAAAGAUUCUAUGUUCAGUCACAUUCCACAUCAUUGCCAUUUCUUGUGUCGUCUGGUCCCUUUAUGUGCUGAUUGAUCGCACAGCUGAAGAGAUCAAGCAAGGGAAAGACAAUGGUAUCCUUGAGUGGCCAUUUUGGACCAAGCUGGUUGUUGUAGCCAUUGGAUUUACAGGAGGCCUUGUCUUCAUGUACGUUCAGUGCAAAGUCUAUGCUCAACUAUGGCGGAGGCUUAAAGCAUACAAUCGGGUCAUCUUUGUUCAGAACUGCCCAGACACUUCUAAAAAGACUGAGGAAAAGAUCUCGUCCAUUAAUCAGAGCAACGGGAAUACAGACUUUGUGGCAAUACCAGUGCCACAAACAGAAACAGACACUCAGCGACCAGGUGGGGGUGCUGUACCUGAAGUUGCAACUGUUUGACAAUGUUGAAUAUAUUUUUUUCCUUUUUUCUUUUGUAAGAACUACCCAUGGCUUUGUGGGACAACAUCGCCCACAAACACUACAAAGUACAAAGCAGUGAUGGUGAUGUUAUAACUGUUUAAACGCUGCACCUUCUGAACGAGGAUACACUUGGUGAAAAAUUAUACAAAAAUGUUUAUAGUCUGAGGAAUAUAAAGUCUGGUAGUUCUACAAUGGUUGGAAAGUGCAGUGGUAAAAGUACUAGGUCCGGAUCAGAGCACUUUUAAGAGGACAUUAAGGACAGUAUUAAUCAUUCUCAUGUUUUACUUGUGGUUCUGAGUUUGUGAUGCGUUAUAGCGGCAGAGGUUUCAAUUAGUUUUUGAGCCAUUAGAGAAACAUAACCCCGUAUUUACAAUGAACUAUCAAGAAAACUCCUCAAUGGCUUUAAAAUUGACUACCUGUUAAUUGAAAAACUACAGAAGAGGUACAUUGCACUACAAUACUCAACUUUGCACUGCUUUUUUAAAUAUUACAUUUUAUUACAGAAAGGAGGCUAGUAAACAUUGCAAGACUUCUGUAAUUAUUUCACAGACAUUCCAAUGGUGAUUUGGGCUAACUCAAAUCCAACAAAGAGAUAAUAAAACAUUACUAUUCUAAAUGUUAUGGCAUUUAAGAGAUACAGAAACCAAGGACCCAGCCUAUAUUAUAGUAUAUGUUUGUGGUUGCUAUGCUUCUUUUUUUUUUUUUUUUUU